GCUUGCUUGCCAGCCAUGCCCUGGCUGCGGAGAGCCGGCGGUCUGGUGGCAGCAGCAGCAGCAGGCUCCUUCCGUCGGCUCUUUUUCUCCCAGAUAAGAAGCAGCUCAGCUCUUUCAACCUCAUCAGCCAAGCCAGUGAUUGCAGCCAAGGAACCUUUUCCAGUGGACUUACAAGCAGGGAAGCGCUAUGCCUGGUGUGCUUGUGGACACAGCCAAAAGCAGCCCUUCUGUGACGGAACCCAUAAGAAAAGUGCCCCAGAAAUCUCUCCCCUGAGAUUCACCCUCGAGGAAGCAAAAAAGGCCUGGUUAUGUGGGUGCAAAUAUACCAAGAAUGCUCCGUACUGUGAUGGCACCCAUAAGGAAGAUUUUGUGCAAAAGGCUGACCUUCAUUCCCAGCCACAGGUAUAAUGGGAGACCUCUGGGGAAACAGAAGAAGCACAGAACUCAGCAGGAAAUCAGUCCUGGGGCUAAGGCAUCAAGACAUCCUACGGUGGAAGCCUUAUUAAAGUGAAUGGGAGCUGGAGGACCCCUGCACGGCUUGUAUUUGUGUUGAUGAAGCUUGGACAAGAAAAUGAGCAUUGUACCCCUGCUGCCUUGGUGAAUCCUCACGGGCAGAGGGGAGCAGAUUUUUCCAAGGGUUCUGUGCUUUCACUUGCUUUAUCCCUUCUCCUUUGAAAUUAACUAUACUGAAAACCCUGUUUGACAACUUGCUGCUAAUAAGGUCAGUGUUCAAAAAUUGGUUCAUUAGAAUUGUAAUGUUUAUUUUGCUACCUUAAUGGGCAGCCUGCAGCCCCAGGGCCACAAGCUUUGUAGCCCUCAGAGCUCCUGCUGACCAUGACUACUCAAAAUUGAUAGCACAGUUACUUGCCCCUUGCCACUUUGAGAUGGCAAACAGAUAGUUAAUAUGUGGAAUACCUACCAAGAAGCAGGUAAGUCCUAUAAACUGGGCAGCUGUUAUAGCUGAACUAUGUUUGAUGGAAGAUCUGUCCUAAGAUCAUCAAGUACUAUUAAAAUGUUGCCCGUGUUCUAUUGAUAUAAUAUUUAGAUGAAAGGCAGAAUUAUAUGAAAUCUUAAUGUGUAUGGCUUUGGGUACUUUCAAAUAAACAUUCAAAUAUUUUGCCCAGAAAUAAUCUGGAUUUUGUGGCUUUCA